CAGUAUUAUUGCACAGAGACAAUCAUUUAUUCCAAGGAUAAGUAGUUCGCUAUACUUUUGCUAAAUUUGUUAGAUAAUCUGCAGCCUGCCGUGUAGAACACUGAUCGUGUUUAUGAUGUUGUCCUGACUUUAUCUUUUAAGUGGAUUUUGUAUUUUUUGUAAGGAUGAUUAGGUUAUAUCUAACCGUUUUCGUAGUCGUAUCUGAAACGACAGUGCAAUGUGUGUAUCCGAACCGAAUAUCAAAUGUCAAACCCAACAUUUUAAUAGUGAUGUCUGAUGCAUUUGACGGGAGAUUAACGUUUGCACCGGGGAGUGAGGUUGUUCAGUUACCCUUUAUAAAUUACAUGAGGGAGAUGGGUGCUGUUUUUCAUAAUGCCUACACGAACUCUCCUAUCUGCUGUCCAUCGAGAGCAGCAAUGUGGAGUGGUCAGUUUGUGCAUUUGACUCAAGCCUGGAAUAAUAACAAAUGUCUUGAUGGUAAUGCUACCACAUGGAUGGAUUAUCUGAGAAAGAAUGGAUAUUACACCCAGAGCAUGGGGAAACUGGACUACACAUCAGGAGGGCACACUCUCAGUAAUCGUGUGGAGGCGUGGACCAGAGACGUGCCGUUCCUGUUGAGACAAGAGGGUCGUCCAAUGACGGACCUGGUUGGCAACACGUCCACUGUGAGGGUUAUGACCAAAGACUGGAACACGACUGACCACGCCGUUCGAUGGAUACGCCGUAGUGCUGUAUCUCUAUCUCAGCCUUUCGCUCUCUACUUGGGCCUUAACCUUCCACACCCCUAUGUCGCCGAAUCUCUUGGACCCAACGCAGGAGGUUCCGUCUUCCGCACUUCCCCUUAUUGGCUCAAAAAGGUUUCUUACGGACAAAUCUCCCUGCCUAAGUGGUUGCCUUUUUCAGAAAUGCACCCUGUAGAUUACUACUCCACCUUCACCAAAAACUGCAGUGACAGCUUCACAGAGGAAGAGAUAAGAAAUAUACGGGCUUUUUACUAUGCUAUGUGUGCUGAGUCAGACAGCAUGCUGGGUGAAGUGAUUUCUGCACUAAGGGGCACAGGAUUAUUAGACAGCACGGUGGUGCUCUACACCUCCGAUCACGGGGAGCUGGCUAUGGAACAUCGACAGUUCUAUAAAAUGUCCAUGUUUGAGGGGAGCUCUCAUGUUCCUUUGCUAAUGAUGGGACCAGGGGUAAAGUCUGGCCUCCAGCUGAGCCAGCUUGUCUCACUGGUGGAUAUAUUUCCCACGCUGCUUGAUCUAGCAAAUGUGCCAACACCAGGAGGCCUCAGUGGCCACUCACUGGUACCUCUAGUGUCUCAGACUGGUAAUCAGACAAGUAAACAACGUCCUGACUGGAUUCUCAGCGAAUACCACGGCUGCAACGCAAACGCCUCCACUUACAUGCUGAGGAUGGGCCAGUGGAAGUACGUCACCUAUGCUGACGGCAAGACUGUCGCUCCUCAACUAUUCGACAUGUCUAAGGAUGGGGCGGAGCUCAAAAACGUGGCCUCACAUUUCCCCGAUGUUUGUCAGCUCUUGGACACACAGCUGCGCUCAGUAGUAGACUACCCCGACGUUUCCCAGGCUGUACAUCUGUACAACAGGCAGCAGUUUCUGGCUUGGCGCAACAGUCUGGGGGAAAACUACACGGAGGUGAUCCGCAACUUGCGCUGGCACAUAGACUGGCAGAAAGAUGAGGAACACAACCUGAGAACCAUUGACAAGUGGCUGUCGGGUCUGGGAUGAUGAUCCUGACGUGGACACCUUGCGAACAACCUUAGUUUUGCUAUCAGGGAGCAAAUUCAUAUUGUAGUCUGAAUUUAGAUUUGUGUUGCCACGACGCAGGCCCCAUACACACUGAACAUUUUAACCAAUGUAAAGUACCAGAAGUUUCAUGAUGGAAGUGUUACUAAAGGUAAUUGGAUGUUUGAAACCAAUGUGGCUUUGAAAACAGGUUUGGCAGAGAAUUGAUUUCACCCUGAAGUGACCGGUAAACAUCAUUAUACUCGACAGGGUCUGACCACAAAAUGCAGAAGUGUUGUCAAGUCUGAUAUUUCAAGCUGCUUCAUCUCUAACAGCUGCUGCUUGUGGAAGUUCAUGCUGAAGAAAAAAUAAUAUUUACAUUGUUCUCGAAAGCUUUGAUUUAAAAAAGAGGUCAAGGACAGAAACAGACAUUACCCUGUUUCAGUGAAGUUUAAUACUUUUUAAUACUAUUAAGUCCAGUUUUGUAACUUUGUUCUCUGUGUUAUUGCACUAGCCUUACUUAUC